AUGGCUGACACUACUAUUGAAAAAACCGCUAUCUUAUCCAAAUAUUUGGAUUUAGAUCAAAGAGGUAAAGUUAUUGCAGAAUACGUCUGGAUUGAUGGUACCGGUAACUUACGUUCAAAAGGUAGAACUUUAAAGAAAAAAAUUACUUCUGUCGAUCAAUUACCUGAGUGGAAUUUCGAUGGUUCUUCUACUAAUCAAGCUCCAGGUCACGAUUCUGAUAUUUAUUUAAAACCAGUUUCUUUCUAUCCAGAUCCUUUCAGAAGAGGUGAUAACAUCUUAGUCCUUGCGGAAUGUUACAACAAUGAUGGCACUCCAAAUAAAUUCAAUCACAGACAUGAAGCCGCCAAAUUAUUUAACGCCCACAAAGAUGAAGAAAUCUGGUUCGGUUUGGAACAAGAAUACACCCUUUUCGAUAGUGAAGAUAACGUCUAUGGAUGGCCAAAAGGUGGUUUCCCAGCUCCACAAGGUCCUUACUACUGUGGCGUAGGUGCAGGUAAAGUUUAUGCAAGAGAUGUCAUUGAAGCUCAUUACAGAGCUUGUCUUUACUCUGGUAUCGAAAUUUCCGGUAUUAACGCAGAAGUUAUGCCUUCUCAAUGGGAAUUCCAAGUUGGUCCAUGUACUGGUAUCGAAAUGGGUGAUCAAUUAUGGAUGGCCAGAUAUAUGUUAACUAGAGUAGCUGAGGAAUUCGGUAUUAAGAUCUCUUUCCAUCCAAAACCAUUAAAGGGUGAUUGGAACGGUGCUGGUUGUCACACUAACGUUUCUACAAAGAAUAUGAGACAACCAGGUGGUAUGAAAUACAUUGAAGAAGCUAUUGAAAAGUUAUCCAAAAGACAUACUGAACAUAUUAAAUUAUAUGGUAGUGAUAAUGAACAAAGAUUAACUGGUAGACAUGAAACUGCUUCAAUGACUACUUUCUCUGCAGGUGUCGCCAACAGAGGUUGUUCUGUUAGAAUUCCAAGAUCAGUCGCUAAAGAAGGUUACGGUUACUUUGAAGAUCGUAGACCAGCUUCUAACAUUGAUCCAUAUUUAGUCACCGGUAUCAUGUGUGAAACAGUAUGUGGUGCCAUUGAAAACGCCAACAUGAGUAAAGAAUUCGAAAGAGAAUCUCUGUAA